AGUUCAAACAUUUCUUGUUAAUUCGAUCUAACGAGAUAAACUCAACGAGAAACUGGAACCACCCUUUGAAAUUGGUAAGAGUGUGGAUUAAACGUAUUCCCGCCGAAAUAGAAUACUUCCGUUUAAACAUGGCUAUUCUUUUACAUAUGAGUUGCGAUUUAUCCGAAAAUAAACAGAGGAUACUGCAUUUAAUGCCAUGCAAAAUUUGUGGUGAUAAAUCUGCCAAUGUUUCUACUUAUUUUACACCUUAUAUUUGUAAAAGAGACAAUGAAGUUUAUACCUCUUCGUUUCGUGGACGUCCGCUUUAUGGAAAAAAAAUAACAGUUCCUUCUGGAUAUAAAGGUAUUAUAUUUGUUGAGCACAAAAAAUCAGAAAUAGGAAAUGUUAAACGUAAUUUGUAUGUCACGGGUACCUUUCCGCAUUUCACUUACUGGAAUUAUGAUAAGUUGCCAACAAAAAAUGAUGCGUUAGCAGCUGCUAUGGACUGGAUUGAUAUUGCCGAAGCACUACAUUCUACAGAAUCAUAACUAAAAAUAAAACUUAACAUUAUGUGAAAAAUACUGUUAUACAUUCGGUGGAUUAUGAAGAUUGUUCUAUUUUGAUAUAAAGAUAAAAAUAAAUAUAUUUUGCAUAUUUUA